CCAUAAUAUAUACUUGAUAACCAAAGUUCGUUAUUGGAAAUAUCCACUAGGCUUUUGUAUUUUUGUGUAAAGAGAUAUGUUCAUCUCGAAAUGUCGAAAGACAACAUGAUAAUGUUUUCCUAUGAACUCUCUAGCUCUUCUCUCAUGGAAGUAAACAAAGAAGAGAUCCCACAAGUACAAAAUCCUUUUCAAUUUGAAGAAGAUAAAGAAGAAACUUCUUUAGGAAAGAGAAAGAUAGAUACGAUUAUUAAGACUGAAGAUGAAAGGGAAGUAAAAAGAAUAGCCUUCUUCUCUCAAGAACCUCUAGAAGAAGAAGAAGAAGAAGAAGAAGACAUUGAUAUGAUCGAAGAAGAUACAGAGAGAGAGGAUCAUAGAGAUAAUAGCGACAAGAUCAUGGAAGAUAAUGUUCUUGAAGAAGAGUCUGUCGUUGACUUUUAUGGAUUCUUUUGAAACUUGUCUUCUCUAAGAUAGCCUCUCGUUGACUUUUUCGUUUCUUAAGCUCUUUGCUUGAUUGCUUCUUUGUCAUGUAAUUAUAUAUAUAGGAAAUGAAAAAAUGUUCUCUGUCUCUUUGCAUUGGUCCAAAAUCAAAACUAGAGACACAAAAAUGUAAGUAUUGUAAAUCAUCUUCAAGCAUCAACCUCUUCUUGAUUUGAGUGAGUAAAACAUGUGAUGAAGCUUUUUCUGGUUUUCAAGACAUGAUCGAUGAUUCGGAUUGAUCAGGAUCUGUU